AUGUCUUCAGAUUCAGAUAGUACACCAGUACCCACGAUCUCCCCCCAAACAAAAGAGGAGACCGUCCCCGUCCAUCACACCGCGACCAAGCCCUCUCAACCCGACGUUCAGCGACUCAAACUCCCCGAUGAACAUCGCGAUAGUACCAUCUCCACACCCGACAGCAUGAAAGUCGAGACCGGCAGUAACAGCGAUGGGACGGCGGAACCCAUCAGUCCUGUUGACGAAUCGCGCGCGAAAACCAAAAGCAAUAUACCCGAGACUGAAGAUAAUGGAAGCGAUGGAUCGUGGGAAGAGGUGAAAUCUGAGGGUACUCAAAAUUCAGGAGGAAUGGCACAGGAUAUUAGGCCGGUCUGGGUGAGCCACAGCGAGGAGAAGGGUGCGACGGAGGAAGAAGGCUCGGCAGAUGAUAUUCCACCGGAGUUCCGACCCAGAACUCCGAGACCUUACGGCUCGCACAGUGAAUGA